GGCGGAGGCUAAUAGAACAGCCAUUUAAGUUCAUGAUUUCAAACAAGUUAUUAAAUGUUGGAACGGUCUUAGCUGCAGGUGUUAUAUAUGUCGGAACUAAAUUAGCACAAUUCGCAUUUUCCGUUUCAUUAUCCUGUUAUAGUGCUUACCGUUUCCCGUGUGUUGUUACUGGUUUCUAGUUUAAGACUGUGCCUGGCCAAAGGCUAGUUCAUGUUAUUAAACCUCUUACACACAACUGAAAGGUUCUGCUGGUAGGGACUAGUCCAACAGCAUUUCAUGCUUAUAUAAACUGUUAAUGUGGGCGUUUAUUUUUGCGAUUUUGACAGGUAAAGUAUACGUGUACGGGUCAUUUCUGUGAUCGCUGUAUCUUUUCUUUUGCACUUGCUCCUUAAUACCACUUCUAUCACAAAACAAUACCUAACUUGAUAUCCUAAAAGAUACUUGAUUUGAUAACCAAUACAAGACAUGACCUGAUAUCAAACAAAAAACCUGGCCUGCUAUCAAAUAAAAGACCUGACUUGAUAUCCAAUAAAAGAACUGAUUUGAAAUCAAACAAAAGUCUUGACUUUAUAUCCAACAAACAACUUGUUGAUGUCCAAUGAAAUAUUUGACUUGAUAUCCAUUAAAAUACCUGACUUGAUAUCCGACAAAGACCUGACUUGAUAUCAAAACACCUACUUAAUAUCAAAUAAUAAAAAUGACUUGAUAUCCUAAACAAACCUUUUGAAAUAUCAAUUAUUUUAGUAUUUAGCCUUCAGCAAAGUCGAUGGAAGUAUGUUUUACUUUGCCUUAAAACGUUACUCUUUCUAGUUCCAAACUAAGGAAAAACCCUGAAAGUGAUAUGCUAUCAUUAAUCAUGUAACACAUUCCGCAAAUAUUCGGCUACAUAGCAAUCCUUAGGCAGAGAUCCUAACUAUAAGUCACAUCUACUAUGUAAAGUCCGCCACCCUUAUUUUCACAACCAUGCACAUUUAUUAUAAGUCCCUCUCUUUGAAAGAAAACGAUUUUGAUGUAUAAUAUGCUACCAUCUGUAUGCAUCUGAGCGGAACGACAGAUAAGCUAUACUCCUCGACAAAAAAGCACUUUCUUUUUCAUCACAUAAAUGCAGUGUUGAUUUAGGAAAUUUUAUAAUUUUCUUUAGCUGUUUUAUCUGAACAGAUACUAGAAGCUCAUUGAUUCACCGAGAAUUACAUCUUACUGAUAAACAUAGCAUAUAGCUAUGCAUUUUAUUCUGCAACGCAACACAUUUAUAACAUUUACAUAUAACAUGUCCUCAAACUACCAAUAUGCCUACGGAAUCACUACUCAUUCAAUUAUUUCACAAUAUAUAUGAAAAUUAAAUGCACACGUUUAUCAUUGCAAGUGUUGCUUUUUCAUCAUUGGACCAGUGUAUCAUGUACGUGUUGUUUUUAUUGUAAUGUGAAUGUGUAUACAAUGUACUUGGACCCACUUAUUACACGGAAAUACACUCAACUGUAACGGUUGACCUAUAUUGUGGCUGGUGUCACAAAAUUGGUAUAGGGAAUCCCUAUCUAAAAUUAGUAACACUAUUGCGUUUGUUAGUAACCUUUUUCACGUUUACUUUCAUUAUUUGUUUUUUAAAUUGACCUAUUUGUGGCCCAGUCGAUGUCCUCCUUAUCAUUAUUGAACUGUGUCAUUUAUCGUCUCUCUGUCAUGAGCAGGUUUGGAUCGUCUAGUCCUAUUUUGACGUUCAUCGUUACUGCAUUGUACAAUGGCACUGUUUGUAUUGACCGUAUAACAUGAGGACAUUUUCCAUUGUGUGCUAUUUACAACGAUGGAAAACUGGCAAAAACCCGGAUACAUGAAUUCUGACUAAUUGCUUUAGAAGUAUUUCAUUUCUACCUAAAAUGUCAACUGAAUUAUUGAUUCCAAAAGAGAAGGGGUUAUCAAUCCCGUCAACUGCCGUCUUUAUUGCCGGGGAGAUCGCAGGUACUGGAAUACUGGCUCUACCCAAGGCUGUGGACGACAUGGGAUGGACGGGGCUAAUAUUGAUUGUAAUCUUUGCGGUCGUUUCGGCAUACACGGGGAUCGUAUUAGGCGACGCGUGGACCAUGGCGUCCGACAUGUUUGAUGACUGUAAAGGACAUGUACAGAAUCCUUACCAACUACUCGGACAGAAAACAUACGGUAAAAUUGGCAGAUAUACAGUAUCAAUAUGCCUCCACACCACCAUGUUUGGGGGAGCCGUCGUGUUUCUCCUCCUGGCCGCCGACAACAUGGAGACAUUAGUACAGGCCCUGGGACACGACUUGUCCUUCUGUUUCUGGCUAUUGAUAAUCGCCGGAUUCCUGGUUCCUUUUACCUGGUUCGGAACGCCAAAAGAUUUCUGGCUGAUUGCAUACGGAGCCACAGUAGCUACUGCUUUAGCUGCGGUCAUCAUAGUGGUCAGUAUUGGUCUGGAUGCGCCGGGACAGCCAAUAGUUCACCAUCAAAACGCUGAUUUUCAGAAGAUUGCAUUAGCACUAGGGACGAUAGUAUUUGCUCUCGGAGGUCAUCCCGCAUUCCCUACUUUUCAAAUGGACAUGAGGAAACAGAGAGAUUUUAAAAUGGCUGUCAGUUACGGAUUUAUCAUUGUGACCGUUAUGUACCUGCCCGUUACCUGUGCCGGGUACUUUGUGUACGGACAAUCCUUGGAGGCCAAUAUCUUAAACAAUCUACCGUCAGGAGUACUGUCCUACGUUGUUUUGGUGCUCGUCACUAUUCAUCUGUUGUUAGCCAUUAUCAUUGUCCUUAGUCCAGUAAUACAGGAGGUCGAAAUGCUUCUUCAUAUACCAAAAGUUUUCACCUGGAAAAGAUGUGUAUCAAGGUUCCUGGUUGUCGCCAGUGUUUUAUUUGUAGCUGAAACUCUACCAGAAUUUAACUCACUUUUGUCACUGAUCGGAGGGUCAUCAUUGACAUUGUUAGAUUUCAUAUGUCCUAUUAUGUUCCAUAUGAAAAUGUGCAAAAUGAGUUUGGAAUCUGAUCGUCGAGACGUCAACAAUCGAAGCAUCGUUCACAUACCUCUGUGGAGGAAGGUGCUGAACUACGAGAUCCUGGCUAUAGGUGUUUUGGCUGGACUUGCAGCCUCCGUAUCCGCUGUCAUCAACAUCGUCAGUCCAGACUCAUUCUCCAUGCCCUGCUACGUCAAUAUUAACAGGACAGCAACGUAAUGCUCCUCUAGACAACACUGACAAGUUCGAUUGUCAUUUCAUAUGAAACACAUUAGAUCCAUUGUCCGACUUCUUGAUGGGAUGGAAAUAAGAUACCCCAAUUUGUAUAUACACCUUUGUGAUCAGUAUCUAAUCGCCGCAGAGUUUUCCGGAAAGACCUGUUACAGUAAAAACCUGAAAACAGUUAUUCGAAUCCCUUAAUGGCGCAAAGGUUUCCAGAAUCGGAUGUUAUUGCAAACUAGAGCAUGGUCUAUUUAGAGAAUAAAAAAAAAA